AUGGAUCUAUCGCCAUUGACAGUGUUUGAGCGACUCGGGGUUGCAAGUAUCUCCAAUACCGGCCUCGCAAUUGCCGUUCCGUCUCGAGCACCAACACUCGUUACCAACUCCCCGCCAAAUCUACGUGUUGCAGUAAAGGACUAUUUCCUCGUCCAUGUCAUUAAGAUAUCACUUUGCAACCGAGCCUACUACGAUCUAAGCGAGCAUGCAGCUUUCACAGCUGAGCUCAGUGAUAACCCAACCCGAGAAGAACCCGCGGAUGCCGUUGACUAUUCAACAGCAUUAAAUCCCAGAGGGAAUGGGUACCAGUCUCAUGCGGGAAGCAGUAGUGGAAGUGCUGCUGCUGUUGCGGCUUAUGGCUGGCUUGACUGUGCGAUCGGCACUGAUACGAGUGGACGUGGUCGUCGACCAGCGUUGGCGAAUGGUCUGGUUAAGACCUAUGACAUAAUUGAUACGUCCUGUGUAUUUGCGAGAAGCCUUGAUGUCCUACGUCGAGUUGCGGACACUUGGAUUGCAGUUCCAUCUCUGGUCAAGAAGCAACCAUAUCGUCUCGAUGGAUCAAAGACUUGA